GAGAAGGCAUGAUAUCUCUUGUCAGUGUCAGUGUCCGUGUCCGUCCAUACACCUCUUCACGGUGCAGUCGACAUGUCUUUUUUCUGUGGCUCACCAGGACUCACAAAUACUCACAUCGAGUAUUGGCAUCCGUCAUUCUGGGGCUUUUGGAACAGCUGGGUGAAUCAGUCAGGACGAAAGACCACACAACUCAGCUCAGCCGCCCCCAUGAAUACCCAAGACUCCUUUCGAUCCAUAUAUAUCUGGGACUUCUCGUUCUCUCCAUGCUUCCUAUUUUUGCAAUACUUUGACAUCAAUUUAAUUUCAUAGGGAUUUUUCAUUCGGCAACUCGUCCCGGUGAUCACUAGGUACCUGAAAUUAGAUCCACCAUCGUGCCGCUCAGCCUACUCGCCGCGUCAAGGGAACUUUGGACUUACACGGCCCCUCUAAUCGCUCGAGCUUCAAUCUUCAAUCUUUAUUAACAUCUCACUCGCAACGCAACUUCACAACAACCUCAUCAAAUAGUCGACAACGCAAAAAUCCUUUGUCGCGAAACUUCUCCCACCAUCGAUACGCUUGAAUCAAUCAAUUAUCAUGGCUUACAACAGAGCGUUCAACCCAGAUUCGCUGCCUGCAUUCGCAGAGCCAGAACGAAAACAUGCACAAUCCCCCACCAUUCAUACCCCCGUCCACAGCCAAGCGCAACAAGCCAUGCACGGCGCACAAUAUGAAAACCGUCCUCCGCCAUCCCUUCCCCAAAAUGUAAAUCCCAACGGCCGCAGACCAUCCGAUGGUCGACGCCUCUCUCCCCAAAUGCACCCUCCAGGAAACUAUGGCGCUUCUCCUCCAGGUCGCGGCUAUGCCUCCCCCCCACCAGGUCAAUUCCAAGCCGGUAGAAUUGCGCCUCAGACAAGACCAACGCAACAAUCUAGACCUCCUCCUUCGCCUGCUCCUCCCGGUGCGGAUCCUCAACUGUGGCCGCUAUUUCAGGCGGUGGAUAAAGAUAGAACCGGUGCCCUCACCGAAAAAGAGCUCCGCGCCGCCCUCGUAAAUGGCGAUUGGACAGCCUUCGAUCCUUAUACUGUAAAAAUGAUGAUUCGCAUGUUCGAUACCGACCGCAGCGGCACGAUCAAUUUUGAAGAAUUCUGCGGAUUGUGGGGAUUUCUCGCUGCGUGGCGUGGGUUGUUUGAUCGCUUCGAUAAAGAUCGUAGUGGGAAUAUUAGCUUGGAUGAAUAUUCGGAAGCACUGGUGGCUUUUGGGUAUAGAUUGAGUGAUAGUUUUGUGGCGACAUUGUUCAAGGCUUAUGAUAAGAGGGGAGAGGGUGCGAUUAGUUUCGAUAUGUUUGUGCAGAGUUGUAUUAGUUUGAAGAGAAUGACUGAUGUCUUUAAACGUUACGAUGAUGACCGCGAUGGUUACAUCACACUCUCCUUUGAGGACUUCCUCCUCGAGAUCAUUCGACAGAAGUAUUAAGCUUUGUGCAAAAUUAUGGCUGGGAAGAUAUAUAUCUCCAUGGAACUGGGCAGAUGGGUAAACAGAUGGUUUUAGCCUCAGUAUACAGGGAAGGGAAAUGGUGAAGGGGGAAACUCGUCAUUGCGAAAUAUCAGUAAUGGUAUGUUUGGUGUUUGGGUGGGAGGGAUGUGGAGGAACUUGAUGUGUCUAUAGAAUGUAUAGAUGCUCAUAGGAAAUAUGAUACCCAUGGUUUUUGUGUUCGUUUUGUUUGGUCAAAUUCGCUGGUGCUGUGUGGGCGAUGUGGAGUGGGUAGUGGGUAGUGGGUAGGAGUAUGCUGAUGAGUGAAGUAGAUGGCUGAUGAUGAAUUUUCGAGAAUUGUAUAUUCCUUGAUAUAUACAUAUCUCUUUUCUCUUUUCCUUGUCCUUUUGUUUGUUGAUCUUUAAGGUAGGAAGGGUAAAAAAAAUGUUGAUUUUUGUUUUUGUUUUUGUUUUUUUUUUAGCUAUAGUAAAAAGUUUCAUGUAUACCUUCCUACCUACCUACCUAACUAGGUAUAUAAAUCAAUACAACAUCUCAUCUUUGAACCUUCUAAAACGGGAUAGAUAGAUAGAUAGAUAGAUAGACAAAUCGAUACAUCAUUGCGUAAAAAUGAGGAAUCACA